AGGGUUUUGGGAUCGCAUGGCGGCAUUUGUCUGUUCUUCCCCAAUCCUGCUUUACAUUGGUCCACACCAGCGAUCCAGCAUCGUCACGAGAACCCUACGAACCGAUGGCGCCAGUAGCAGCAACGGAUUCAGCGAGGAUCCAGUGAGAAGACGCGGGAGCGGCAAUAAUCCCAUCUCCACUCGUCUUGGACAGCUACUGGAAGCGAAAAGGAUCGAUCUGCUGGAGCGAUUCCGGGAGAUCAGACGCAAUUUGCCGCUCAAAGUGUUCUUGCUGCUCCUGGGAUUCUACUCGGGCAACGCCCUGGCCACGGUGCUGGGGCAAACAGGGGACUGGGACGUGCUGGUGGGCGCGAUCAUCGUGGCUGUGAUCGAAGGCAUUGGAUUUCUCAUGUAUAAGAUCCCGCCCGUGACGGAGAAGUUGCGAUUCCUGGUGAAAAUGCUCAAUUACUGGAAAGUCGGCCUCUCCUUUGGCCUCUUCGUCGACGGAAGCAAAGAACCCUAAAAACAGAUGGGUACUUCCUGGGAUCUUAGCAAACUAUAAAAAUGCCACCACCUUUUCAUUGUGAUAGUAUUUCGAUUGCGAAGAAGAAAGAGGUGAUAUA